UGACCAGUCCAAGGCAUCACCAAGGGGCUAUAUCCGAAGACAGGAUAUCGGACAAGCUUGCCAGACAAAAAUCUUUUUCAAAAAGGAUGAAGACUUUCAAGAAACAGGCCAUGCUUCUGCACACAAAGUGUGGUGCGAGUGUGCGCUGGGAAGUGAUCUCUGAAUCAGGGAGAAUCAUUUCAGGAACUCAUCCCAUGCGCACAUCUCGCACCGUUGGGUUGCAAGCAGGCCAGACUGCCGAGGAAACACCCUCAAAGUCCAAAAGUGUUGGGUCCCCAAAGAGGGCAAGGCCUGCACUCAUGACGAGGCCGGAUAGUCAGCAAAUGCAAAUAAACAAUUUGCCUGGAAAAAAACGCUCAAGAUCAAUUGUGUCCAAUGAUCAGAGCAAAGUCACCAACAAGUGCUCUGUUUGUAGUAUAAUUUUUAACUCUCCAAAGGAUAGAGCCUUUAAAAAGGCUCACAAGUUACAGGGACAGUGGCUGGGAUGUGAGGAGGAGGGGUGUGGGUUUUGGGGUCAUGCCAGAUGUGCUGGGGUUUUUAUUCCAUCAAGAAAAAGCAUCCCAGAAAUUAAGUUCCAUAACAAACAUCCUUGAUGGAAUAAAAAACCCAGCUCAUCUGUGCUGUAGUUAAAUCAGCCAGAUUCUCGUUGUAAUUUGUGUUUCUUUGUUAAUUAAUCAAUUAUUUAUCAAUUUAUUAAUUAAGUUUUAAAUUUAUUUAUUUAGUUAGUUUUAACCUAUUUAUUUUAGCACAAUUGCAUUUUUAGCCUAAGGCUUAUUGAGACACUCUUAAGUCUGUUUCCGGGGUAGAACCAGUACUUGUUGUCUAUUGAGGAUUUAUUUAUUUAAAUCAGUUAUUUUGUUAGUUAAAUUAUUAUUCUUACCCAAAAUUAAGACAAAUGUAACAGAAAAUGAACUCCAUAUUUAUGAACAUGACAAUUUUUCUUUAAAUGAUUUAUGAUGCAAGAUUUUUAUAGAAAUGUUGCAAAAUUUAUUUAUGUUUUAACAUGAUU